UCGAAUUUACGAUCUCCUUCUUCAGGUAGUCAUUUGUCUUCUCAAAUUCUUCAGAACCAGACCCCAGAGCUCUUUUCUAUUUCUUUUUUCCCAAUUAAUUCUUCAAUCCACAGAGGAAUAAGGUAAUCUACGCUUUAAUAAGGCUGUUUUGCAACUUGACAAAGUCCAAAUCGUCAUUUCAAGAAAGAAGAGAUAAUAAACGAAUCCAGGUUCUGGAUAGCUAAAAUCCCAAAUUUCAUUCUACAAGUUGAUAAAGAUGGCAAAGGAAGAUGAUGCUGCUGCGGAUAAAAAUCCUAAACCUAAUAAUCCAUGGCCGCAGCAACCAAGCAGACCUGGUUAUUCUCCAGAUAGUGAAAAAGACAUGAAAAUAUGGGGAAUUCUACUUUUCGGAUUAAUUGGCGCCACCGCCACCACCGCUGCCGUUACUCAAUUGCGAAGAUCUGUUGAUUGGGUUUACUCUCAGUUGACCAGGUCAAAAGCAUCAUGGAAAAGUGCUUCUGGUAAAACUUUCAGGACAAGUUUUCAGGAGGAAGCAUGGAAAAGAUACAACCGUAGGAUGCAGGAAGAGUAUGAAGAAGAAAUGGAGAGAGUGGAGCGGAUUCGACGCAUGCAAAGUGUCUUCAAUAGAGAGAGAAAUAAGUAUAAAAGGAGUUACGAGAGCUGGGCAGAAAAUGGUCAGGGUGCAUAUCACCAGCAUUUUCAGAGAAAUGACUGGUAUUGGAAGGGCGAUACAUCAUAUAGAGAUCAAGGGGCUAAAUUCAGGGAGGCUCCUCGGGCCAGUGCAAGCUAUCCAUUAUCACAUCACUAUUCAGUCUUAGGUCUUGACAGGGCAAGAGCAAAACCAUACACAGAUGACGAGAUAAAGUCAGCUUUCAGGGCGAAAGCAAUGGAGUUUCAUCCUGAUCAGAAUCAGGAUAAUCAACAGCUUGCUGAAGCAAAGUUUAAGGAAGUUAUGAUAUCUUAUGAGGCUAUAAAGACGGAAAGAAAUAACAAGAAGAACUGACGAAAGAUUUGAACUAGUUUGGUUGGGUGUCUCUGCAUCUCACCUUCCCAUACUCUGCCAAUUGUAUUUUCGAAGAAUGUAAAAAGGUUUCAUACAUGACGGAGGCCGUCAGCGUUUGGUUUUCACUUGUAGCGGCCAGUUGGGAUUUGAAAAGUCCGACAAAAUUUUUGGUUGUCCUCUACAAAGCUCAGACAGAGCUUGCUUAUGCCUACAGCAUCCCCUAUCUAAUCGACAAUUCGAUGGUUAGAAGUCUCUUAUCGUAUGCUCACUCACUUGUACAUGUAUCCAAAUAACAAUUUUGAGUAUUUUAUCCAGUAGCGUCCAAGGAAUAGGAACAAGAAGUUGGCGAUCGCUCUUCUAUGAUGUACUAUAUGUUGUUUUCAUUCAUUUGAAGUAUUAAAUAAGAAUUCGCGAAUGAAAUGAAAGAGCUA